AUGUCAACUAUUUUACCUUAUUUGAUAAAUAAAACCAAUAACAUUUUAUUGUUAAGAGGAGAUAUUGGAAAACCUAAACCAUCAGUAUCAGAUCUACCUGAUCCUACUUAUUGCUAUGGUAAAAAAGUUAAUAGAGAUGGAAUUGGUAUGAAAGAAAUUACUUCUGAUUGGUAAUAUGGAAACAGUUCAUUUCAUAAAAAAGAAAAAACUAUAAAAUUACCUGAAGAUAACUUUGUUUAUGGACUUAAAAACAAGUAAACAAAUUAUAAUGAUAUAGACCUUCAACACCUUUUGGAAAAAUUAUUAAUAUGAAGUAUGCUAAUGAAGCUUCAGACUUAAUUGAGAACAUAUAUAGAAUGAGAAGUCAAAGAAUCUAAAAGAAAUAGGUUAUCUAAAAGAACAGAUCUUAUUCAUUGAGAUUAGAACACAAUACAAAAAAAUAAGAAGAAGAACAUAAAGAAUUUAAGAUUAAGAGAUUUUUAGAAAUAAAAUCAAAAAUAUAUUAAUUAUGAU